AAUGUGCUGAGCACAUUAAGAAACGAAGUUUUGGGUGCAAUUGUGGUUGGUUGUAACUGUCUCGUUUGGCAAAGCUAAUCCAAAUGCUUGUCUCUGCAACUCUCACUCCACAAACUCUCACUCUACGGUUUCCCUUGAAAUCCCACUCACUCACUCUCCCACACUAUUGCUUCCUCCAAACCCUCAACGCCAACCCUAACCACCACGCCCUCCGCCAUGUCACCCUCUCCGAUGACGACUCCCUUUACCCUUCCGCCGCCGCACUCGCCGCCGCUAUUCGCAGAGCCUCCACCUCGCCCGUCGAGUUUACUCACCGAGUCGAGAAGGACCGCCGUAGCCGACUCGUUCUUCCCAGCCCCGACUUCCACGCACUCUGCCUCCAACAGCUCCACCUCUUUCGCAGGAUCGUCCCCGAAGCCCUACUAUCGGUGUAUGUUAGACCAGCUGGUAGUUAUGUGAUGGAUCAGUUGGAGCUGCGGAGGGUUGCACUGUACCCUUCAGAUGCAGAGUCAGAGGCAGAGGGCAUUGUCAUUCUUGUCGCUCAUUUUAAUAUUCCUGCCGGAUUGCGUGCUGCUGAGGCUACACUUUCCAAUUUGCAAGUUAAUGUUGUCCCUGAAUGUAAGGCUGUGGUUCUGCCAAUGGUGAAACAGCCAUUUGUUGUUGGUUUCUUGGUUGCCGAGCUUCCUUUGGUUGAGCUCGAAAAUUGUGAGAAACCUCAGAGUGAUGGACCAGAUGAUCGCAUGUCUGUUGAGGAACGUUAUUCUUUGCCUCCCUUUUUGGAUUUGGAUAAGAAGUCGUGGGAAAUCCAGACCCUUCGGGUCAAGGAUGAGGCUAUUGGUAUGCGCAACUUCACUUCUGAGCAAAGAUCAAAUGCUGUCAACAUUUCACAAUCUCUAGCUAUGGCAUAUGUUAUGGAUCAGAAAGCAAUGUUACUUCAGCAAUCAACAUGGCAAAAUAAUGUCAGGAUGGGUAAUCUAGUUGAGCAAAUCCGUGGUCCACUCUCAAGCAUUCAAACCUUAAGUAAAAUCCUGUCUACACAAACAAAGAGAAGUCAGAUUUCAUAUGACAUUGUUGAAGACAUCUUGGUGCAAGGUGAUCGUCUGAAGGAUGUCCUCCAACAACUCCAGGAUGCUGUAUAUUUGACAAAGGCUAAUAUAGUGCGCUACAAUGAAGAAGCAAUCAAGAAAAUGAAUGGUUCUACUCACAUACUUGCUGAGUCAGCAAGAUCUCAAUUGUUAGAUAGCUUUCCAGGGGAUGGCUCUGCAAAUCAAAUGAAUAAAUCUAGUGAGUCACUUUGUUUAAGUGCUGCUGUCAAGGAUAUGGAGAUGCCAUUACCACCUUCGGCCCUUUCUCCAUUACAACAUGGAAUCAGACCAUGCAAUGUUUCUGAAGUAUUGACAGACUUGGUUGAUUCAGUGAGACCUCUAGCCCAGAAUCAAAAACGUGUAGUAGAACUACGUGAACACUCAUCCCCUUUGCUAGCUGCUGUAGAAGAACCCGCCUUGCGCCAGGCUUUCAGCAAUCUUAUUGAAGGUGCUUUACUACGCACACACGUUGGAGGGAAGGUUGAAAUUGUAUCUACUGCUGCACCUGCUGGGGGUACCCUUGUACUUAUUGAUGAUGAUGGACCUGACAUGCACUAUAUGACGCAGAUGCACUCACUCACACCAUAUGGAAAAGAACUUUUGUCUGAUAAUAUGAUUGAAGACAAUAUGACUUGGAACUUUGUUGCUGGACUGACUGUUGCCCGUGAGAUACUUGAAAAUUAUGGCUGUGUUGUUCGCAUUGUUUCGCCUCGGAUAAAAGAUGCUCCGCUUGGAGCUGGCGGAACUCGUCUGGAACUCUGGCUUCCAUCGACAAUUGUAAAAUCUGAUUUAGAGCAGCCACGCCCAUGAGGUAUAGCAUGAGUUUGAAGCUUCCAUUGAAGAUAAAUACAUUCCUUCUCAAACAAUUCUACAUCAUAGCACUUGUGAAACUGGCCAGAAUAAGAUUGUGAAAUCAAGGGUUGGUAAAUAUUACUCUUUCCCCCAUCAUUGCAAAAGAUAUGUAUGCAGUCCUGUAUAUAGCUCAUAAAGAUUCCUUCGGUUCACAGUUCUGUAUGACUUUGCUGUGUGUCAUGUAAACAGUUUUAAUAAACAGUGUAUGUGUAUUCCAUCUUACGAAAACUUGUGGGGUUUACAAGACACCAGGAAUCUGAAGCUUCAGCAUCUGUACCUUUUGAAUCCCCUUCAUCCAAUAUAAAGAAAAUACUAUCAGUUUCGGAAAUGAAUGAAAAAUUAUCCUUAUUGAUUGUUCAUUUAUACGAAGUGCAGCACGCAGACGUGUAUUUGUUAUAUAAUAUAGACAGAUUAAUUUGAUUAAAAUUUAAAUGAAAGCAUCAUCAUUU